AUGGAUUCCUCAUCAACUCCAUCACCGCCAAAGCUACAGAUCGCACAUGUUCUCGCUGAUCUUAAUAUCCUCAAGCAAGCACCACCGAGAGCUACUCUCUCCUUCUUACGCAGCCUCUCCACCGUAUCUGCCACUAUAGACGAAAGAAAAACUUCAAUCCACUCACAACCAACGCCGAAAUUUGAUCGCCUCGGUCGACGUAUACCCACACUACCUACUGUUUUUCAGUCGCCGUCUCCUCCGCUCAGGAAACACUCGUCUAUGGACUCAACUGAUCUCCCAGAAACUCGAGAACGUCACCUCCAAAGAAGGAAAAGUAGCGGCAGGGAUGAAGAAUUCAUGCGGGCGAAGACAUUACUAGCAUAUUAUAACAAUCGACACAAGCUACAAGAAAAGGGUCAGAGGGGAAUGAAAAUUUCACAGGAGAGGGUCGAUAAAGCGUUGAAUGAACAAUUGGAAAAGAGACAACAGGUGACGAGAAGAGGUUCUCUUGGAAAGCUCGGAGUACCAGAUGUGAAUAGUUAUUUUUAA